AUGUUGAGGAGUGAAAAGAUGUGUUUGGUAUCGAUGUAUUUUAGCAAGGAUACUGCAAAGCAGACGAUAACCGAGAUUGGGAAGAAUGGACUUCUUCACUUCAAAGAUCUUAAUAAGAGCAUUAAAGCGGAGAAUCUACUGUACACCAGGGAGAUAGCACAUAUGGAAAAGCUCAUUUCGAGAUUGCAAUACUUGACAGGGGACGUCGGAGAAAUUGACGAGGGAAUCAAGCAUAGCGAUAUAGAUCAGGUGGAGGAGCAGGUUAACAAAUUUUUCUCUAGAUUGACCCAGCUGAAGUCGAUAAAGAAAGAGACCAAUGCAAACCAGGGAAGGUUAAAGGAGGACCUAUAUAUGCAGGAGGAGACAGAGAAUUUUCUUGGAACUGUUGCAGAAGAAGUACAUCUUGUUCAGUUUGAUUUCAUGACUGGGAUAGUUGAGAGGGGAAAAAAACUUUUGAUAAGAAAGGUACUUCAUCAGGCACUAAGAAGAAACCUGGUCAUAAGGACAAGGGAUGUAGAAGAAGGAACAAAAACGGUAUUUAUUGUGCUUGCGCACGGUUGUGAAGCUUUAGAGAAGGUUAGAGAUAUAUUUUCAUCUUUAGGAGGAAGAAUGCUAGAUCACAAAAAAUUCAGAGAAUGUAAGCGAGGAUUACUUGAGUUAAGUGCAACAAUAAGUCAGAUGCAACAAAUCGAGGAUCAUAAUGACGAAGCAAUAGAAAAGGAACAAGACAAGAUCCGGCAUUUUGCAAAUACCUGGAAGUACUAUCUAAACAAGGAAACGAAAAUAUAUCAGACUCUUAACAAGUUAAGCUUUGAUUUCGAUCGAGAUUGCCUUGUCGGCGAAGCCUGGAUUCUUGGAGAAGAGAUAGGAAAGUUAAAGAGGAUCAAUGAGAUAAAAGGGGAUGGAACAAGCCUUUUCGCAUUUGAAAUCACAGAAAGCGAAGAGAUGCCUCCUACAUACUUCAGAACGAAUGAGUUUACAGAAUCCUUUCAGAUUCUUACCAACACCUAUGCAAUUCCGUCGUAUGGAGAGAUAAAUCCUGCGGUGUUUUCUCUAUUUACAUUUCCUAUGCUUUUUGGAUGCAUGUUUGGCGAUGUGUUUCAUGGAUUGCUACUUCUUUGCUUAUCAGUAUACAUGAUAAAGAACUCAAAGAAAUUCAAGAACUGCUCGGAGACUCUAAGGAUGAUUGUCAAUGGGAAGUAUAUAAUAUUUGUGUUUUCACUUGCAGCCAUGUUCUUUGGAUUUUUGUAUUCUGACUUUGGCUCUCUUACGAUUCCUCUGUUUUCCUCGAGCAAAGACACAGGACGGCCCUAUCCGUUUGGUGUUGACCACAUGUGGCACCAUUCGAAAAACGAAAUGAUCUUUCUCAAUUCGAUGAAGAUGAAAAUGUCGAUAAUAAUAGGAUUCUUUCACAUGAGCUUGGGAAUAGUUAUUUCUUUUUUGAAUGCUAUGUACUUUAACGAGCCGGUGGAGAUAUAUGGGGUUCUUAUCCCCCAAACAAUUGUCUUCUGUUCCUUUGUUGGAUACAUGGUAUUUUUAAUAAUAUACAAGUGGCUAGUUACAUCGAACUAUCCGUCAAUAAUUGGGGUUCUUGUGAACAUGUUUACGAAUCCAUUCGUUGUUGCAGAGGAAAUAUAUCCAUAUCAGCAUAGAGUCCAACUAUGUCUACUCUUUCUCAUGCUUCUCUGUAUUCCUUGGAUGCUUCUAGGUAAACCUGUAUACAUGAUAGCCAAAAACAAGGUGAAGAAAGAAGAGAUUUCCAGUUUGUGGAUUAAUCAGUUUAUCCAUGUCGUUGAGUUCGGUCUUGGACUCAUCUCAAAUACCUCUUCCUAUCUUAGGCUAUGGGCUGUCUCUCUUGCCCAUGCCCAACUUACUAGGGUCCUUCAUGAGUUCACAAUAGGAAAAGAAGGCUUUAUUGCACCUAUUGCACUUUCUGGUGUUUACAUUCUUGGGACUAUUGUCCUUCUCAUUGGAAUGGAAGGUCUUGGAUCGUGUCUUCAUGCCCUAAGGCUUAAUUGGGUUGAAUUCCACUCGAAGUUCUUCAGGGGAAAGGGGUAUUUGUUUGAGCCACUUGGAUUCAACAUAUCUUUAGAUGACGAGUGA